AUACAAUGUUAUUCAAAUGCAGUUUAUAUUGCGCGUAAAAAAAUAUUUUAUCGUUUGGCAGAAAAAUCUUUUUUCUUUUAUCUGAAUUUGGAUUUUUAAAAAUCAAAAUUACUAUCUGCUAAGAUAUUAGAUAUAAUUAAGGGAGGUGAAUAAAAUGGAAAAAAUUAUGCUGAAAAACGAUCCUCUAAAAGAUUGUUCAACAAAUUACGACCAUAUGCUGGAAAUCUAUAAUUCGAAGGAGGAAAUAUUUUCCUCACGCUACCAAAUCGAGAAGGAAAAGCGAAUCAGAAGAGAAAUAGCCAACAGUAAUGAACGUCGUCGCAUGCAGAGCAUCAAUGCAGGCUUCAACACAUUGCGCAACUUGAUUCCCACUAGACACAAGGAGAAGAUGAGCAAAGCAUCCAUUUUGCAACAAACGGCCGAUUACAUAAGAUUCCUUGAGGAAGAGAAAAAUAUUUUGAUCAAAAGAAACAACCAGCUCGAGGCUUACAUCAAAAUGAACAAUAAUUCCACGAACACAAACAUCAAUACUUCAACUAAUAACGUUAGCAGCAGCCUUCUUUUAUCUCAGGCUGUUAGAACCACCCUCAUACCGAACGUUAUGCCUGCUACACCACUCCGAAUUUCUCUCCCAGCCUCGGGAAACCUUACUUCCCCACAUUCUUCUCUAAAUACAUCCCUGAGCAACACUUCUUUAAACAAUUCUUUGACCCCGCCGCCAACCCUCAAAGUAUUAAAUAAUGCCCCUGCCAUUAAAAAUAGCGGCAUCCCUAAACUCGUCCUAAACGCUAACAACCUAUCCGAGAGCGCAAAAUUGCUCAUAGGGAACAUCAAUAAUGGUAAUAAUAACGUGUGUAUUGCUAACAUAGAUAAAAGUGAACAACUCGGGAUCAAAAAAAGAAAGUUUGGAUCACUCUCUGACGAUAAAGAAGUUGUUGUUUCACCUGCAAAUCUCUCAACAUUGGACACCAUAUCGUUGGAUAAAAACUUUGUAAGCAUAAAAACUAGGUCCAAUAUCUCAAUCAAACAGACGGGCAAAACUGAUGAUGAAAGCUCCACCUCCCCACCUGUCAUCUCGCCCUCCGCUCUCCCAGAGCCUACACGUCAGUUGUCCGGUGCUAAAAGUCCAGAUGCUGCAUUAUUCAGAAAAAAGUUCAAAAUGCUUGGCCCAGUUUUUAAAAAUUUUGCGCCUCAGGCCCCUCUUUCUGCCUCAUCCCCAUCUUCUGCCUCUACGCCUCUCUUAGUUUUGCCUCGUACACACUCCUUCAUAGUAUCCUCCACCUGUUCUUCCGCCCCGACUGGCACAGAUCUUAAAACAUUCACAGCUUUUUCUCAAAAUACAUCCAUUCCUGGAAAUAGCGCCAUAUAUAAAUUAGGAGUCGAAACAAUCAAGUUGGACAGCACAAUUUACAAAACCUUUUCAAACGAUUCAAGCGAAAUUAAAAGUAACAUUAGCGCCAUCUUGCGGGUUUCGGAGGUUGUCGACUUGAUAAACAGUGGUCUCAAAUAUUCCAACACCCUCGACCAUAAAAAGGACCUCAUUAAAAUUGAGACGAAAUUGACGGAAGGUGCCGUUAAGGAAUUCGGCGCAGCUGAUAAUAAGGACCUGAAAUUUAACCUUAUUAGAACCACCGGUUCAUCGCCCUUCAUCCAAAUUCUCAAUAACUCCUUGACCAGUGGUUCAGGCUUGGAGUUGCCUCCCACUCUUAUACUCAAUAGCACCAACGCCAAAAAGAUCGUGAUAAACAACGAAAACAAGAUUGUAAUUAACCAUGGACACAGCUCGCUUAUAAGUGAAGGCAAGAUUGUCGUGAACCAUGCUGGCAAUGGCAAGAGUCCCACCGAGGCCAAAAUUAUAUGUCUAUCUUCUACGCCACUCAGUGGGUCAUCCACUCGUCCCUCAUGUUCCAUGGAUGAAGGCCGUCGCAACCUGCAGACAAUAGUAGAAGCUAUAAAGCACCUCGAGGGCGAGAAUCUUUUCUCUUUGUCCUCUGCCUCCCACACCCUCGGAUCACCCCUGAGUCCCGGAGUGACGCCCGAAUCGGGUGAGGCUGACUCCUCAACUCAGACCGCACCCACUUUUAUCUUCCCUCCCUUAGAAGGGGACGACGACGAUGAUGAGACAGAGAAGGAAGGAAGGGAAGCAGUGCAAGACAAAGAAAUAACUCGAGUAGAAGAGAGUGAUGAGAUUACAGGAUUUUUGGAAACGUAAAAUUUGCUAAAAAAUUAAACAAAGCUAAAUUUUUCGAGGGAAAAAGAAGCUACCCAAUAUAUUUUUUAUUUGUUUUUUUCCCAUUAUUUUGUUAUUCAUUCAUUUAUUACCAGCUCAAUUUAUUGUUUUCCAGAAAGCGUCUUGAAACGAAAAUUUUGAAAGUCUUUAUAAUAUUACUCAAAUAUAUAUAAAUUUGUCUUUAAAUUUGUUUUACCUUUUUUUAAAAAAAAUUUGUGAAAUAUAUUUGUUACCAAUUUUACUUACAUAUAUUAUAAAUAAAUUUAUUACCUGAUUUUAGCGCAU